UAUCCAAUGUUGCCAUCUAUCUGUGCACCAUCUGUGUGGGCAUCAUGUCUUACUACAUGGCAGACCGCAAGCACCGCAAAGCCUUCCUAGAAGCUCGGCAAUCCCUGGAGGUCAAGCUCAACCUUGAGGAACAAAGUCUGCAGCAGGAAAGUUUGAUGCUUUCAAUUUUGCCCAGACAUGUAGCAGAUGAAAUGCUGAAGGAUAUGAAGAAAGAUGCUAGCCAAAAAGAAUUGCAACAGUUCAACACCAUGUAUAUGUACCGUCAUGAAAAUGUCAGCAUCCUUUUUGCUGACAUCGUAGGCUUUACGCAGCUGUCAUCCUCAUGCAGUGCCCAGGAAUUGGUGAAACUUUUGAACGAACUCUUUGCUCGAUUUGAUAAACUAGCAGCUAAAUACCAUCAACUGCGUAUCAAGAUUCUGGGUGACUGCUACUACUGUAUCUGUGGAUUGCCAGACUACCGUGAAGACCAUGCUGUUUGCUCAAUCAUGAUGGGUCUUGCUAUGGUGGAAGCUAUUUCCUACGUACGAGAGAAGACAAAAACAGACGUGGACAUGCGUGUGGGGGUGCACAGCGGCACUGUCCUUGGUGGAGUCCUAGGGCAGAAACGUUGGCAGUAUGAUGUAUGGUCUACAGAUGUAACUGUAGCUAACAAGAUGGAAGCAGGUGGCAUCCCCGGGCGUGUACACAUUUCUCAGAGCACCAUGAACUGCUUAAAAGGAGAAUUUGAGGUGGAACCCGGAGAUGGUGGGUCACGAUGUGAAUACCUAAAGGAAAAGGGGAUUACCACCUAUCUCAUAAUAGUCCCGAAGCAGGCACUCAAGAAUGGGAUCAAUGGGGUGAAGUUAUCUGUCUCAUCCUCCCAUGGGAACUCACCUCAAUUGAUCAACACCAAAGAAUGCAAUGGGAGCAUUAAUACAACCUGCACAACCCCAGAUGAGGCAGAAGAAUCGGAUACUAGGGUAAAGCGGCAGAAUGGAUAGAGAAGGAUAAACGCU